GCUUUUGAUCUCACCUGUUUUCCUCAUAGUUGGGUGAACACUCGGGGUUAUAUCUUUCCAGAGGUGGUGUGCAAAGAACUUGACGAGGUCACCUAUAAUAGAAUGAUGACUUUUGCACUUUCCGCUAUCGAAAAUAUCAAUAACCAGACUGCCUACUCCAAGACUGAUGCCACCACCAAUGGCAGAAUGUACAAGUUAGUGGGUAUAAACAAGGCUGCUAUUGAUUCACCCAAUGUUGUUCUUUUGUCCAUGACUGUUGAGGAGAUUGUCCCUGAUGGUUCCACUGUUGAUGCUCCCAGAACAGAAACUAUUGUGGCACAAGUGUAUCCUGAUUAUGAUGCUGCUAAGGAUAAAAAAGUUUUAGAUUGGAUGUUUUAUCAGGGCUCGAGUAAAGAUGAGAUGACUGACAAAAAUGACACCCGUAUCCUUGUCCUGGCCCCCUAUGAG